AAAAAUCUCCGCUCCAUCUCCCUCUCUGCGCUCACUCAGUAGCCUUCCUUCCAAACCUCCCUCCGGCGAGCUUUACUCUUCGGAGAAGCUUUCCGGUGAUAUUCUUUGGCCAAUUCUUAACCUUUAUCAUCGUUUUCUUCCAUUGCAAGUAGAUGAUGAUGUUCAUUUUCAGUGAAUCGUUUACUUUCAGAGUGGACUUCAAGUGAAAAACUCUAAUUUCGUCGCAAAUUCUCUGGAAAACAUAAGCAAUGGCGGAUUCUGACAAUGAAUCGGGAGGGCAGAGAGGCAACAGCGAAAGCUCGCCGCGAGAGCAGGACCGAUUCCUCCCAAUCGCUAACGUGAGCCGUAUCAUGAAGAAGGCGCUCCCGGCGAACGCGAAGAUUUCGAAGGACGCCAAAGAGACGGUUCAGGAGUGCGUGUCGGAGUUCAUCAGUUUCAUCACCGGCGAGGCAUCGGACAAGUGCCAGCGGGAGAAGAGGAAGACGGUCAACGGCGACGACUUGCUGUGGGCCAUGACUACGCUAGGGUUCGAGGACUACGUGGAGCCUUUGAAGGUUUACCUGCAGAGGUUUCGGGACAUGGAAGGGGAGAGAACCGCCAUGGCUGGACGGCAAGAGAGCGGCGGCGGCGGCAAUGGCGGUUAUGGCGGAGAGUAUGGCAUGAUGAUGGGUCAGGGUCAGCAUCAUGGGCACAUAUACGGGUCUGGAGCAUAUAAUCCGAUGGGUGGUGGAGGAUCCGGAAAUCCAGGGUCGGGUUAUAUCGGCUCCGGGGCCCCGCCAGCCGCUGAUAGGCCUAGCCGCCUAGGUAGCUAGCUCUACUUGGACUACCUCACUACCAUACCACCAUGCUUGGUGGAAAUGCAGAAAAAAAAAAAAAUACCCUCAUUCAAAUUUUUUGAAUCAAAUCUUAAAUUAUUUUUAAAUUGAUUGAUCAAAUCAUGAAUUGACCAAUUGUAUUACAAAAUAGUAAAGAUUUGAUACAAAAGAUACUAUGCAAAUUGUAUUAUCCUUUAAAAAUCAUAAAGUUUUUAUGUCCAUAAUAAACCAAAUAAAUUUUGUAAGUUGUAAUUAUGAAUAAAAAGGUACCACUUAAAUGUAAAAAAUUAAACAAAGAAAAAAAGAGGAGAUAGAUGGAGUAUUAACGUA